AUGGUAUCAACUCCAGAACUGAAGAAAUAUAUGGAUAAGAAGAUUUUACUACAAUUAAAUGGGUCCAGGAAAGUGGCCGGCAUACUUCGAGGGUACGAUAUAUUUCUAAACGUUGUCGUUGAUGAUGCAGUUGAAGUAAGUAAAGACGGUUCCAAACACCAACUCGGUAUGCAGACAGUGAUACGAGGCAAUUCCAUAGUUUCCUUGGAAGCACUAGAUACCAUAUCAUAA